AUCCCUCGCGAGCCUCAGCCAGCUCCCGCGGGUCGCUCCACUGACCUGCCAGUGCCAGUGCCCCGGCUCGACGUCGCGCCACCUACAGGUCUGCUGUCAGGGUGAGGCGGCAUGAAGCGGCACAACGCGGGCGACCUGCCGCUGUCGGCGCCGGCGGGCGACGGCAGCGGCGGCAAGCGGGCGGUGGAGAAGGAGGAGGAGGCGGAGGACAAGAUGGACAAGUACGACAAGGGCCGGAUCCGCUGCUCCCGGCUCUGCUUCCUCUUCGCGCUCGCCGCCACCGUCUCCAUCCUCGCGCGCCACUGCUACGCCGCCGGCCUUGGCCGUGGCGGCAACGCCGGCGUGGUGCGCAUUGAGGCCGUGCACGCUUCGCCACCGCCGCCGUCGGUGCGUCAAGAUCGGAAGAUAGUUCCGAUCGCUCGGCGCGAGCCGUCGGUCUCCGAUCACUCCCCAUCGGCUCCUGUGGACGCCGGCGAUGAUGCGUCGUGGAAGCCUUCGGCGUCGGAACCGGCUGCGUCUGACAAUGGAGGCAAGACGACGUCGUCGAAGGAGAAGCACUCGCCCUCGCCGCCUCGCGGCAGCAAGUACGGCGGCCGCCCCUUCGCCCGCGCCCUGGCGUCGGCGGACAACAAGAACGACCUGUGCGGCGGGCAGUACAUCUACGUGCAGGAGCUGCCGGCCCGCUUUAACAAGGACAUGGUCCAGCACUGCGACAAGCUCUCGCCGUGGACGGACAUGUGCAGGUACACGACCAACGGCGGCUUCGGCCCGCUGCUCCGCGGCGGCAAGGGCGCGUUCCAGGGCACAGGCGCCGGCUGGUACGACACCGACGAGCACGCGCUGGACAUCAUCUUCCACGAGCGGAUCAAGCGGUACGAGUGCCUCACCGACGACCCUUCCCUCGCCGCCGCCGUCUUCGUGCCGUUCUACGCCGGCCUCGACGUCGCGCGGCACCUCUGGGGAAACAACGUCUCCGCGCGGGACGAGCUGGCGCUGGACCUGGCGCACCACAUCGCCGGGCGCCCCGAGUGGCGCGCCAUGGGCGGCCGCGACCACUUCUUCGUCGCCGGCCGCACCACAUGGGACUUCCGGCGGAAGGCCGACGGCCAGGCCGAGUGGGGGAGCAAGCUCCUCAACCUCCCCGCCGCACAAAACAUGACGGCGCUAGUCGUGGAGGCCAGCCCGUGGCACCUCAACGACGUCGCCAUCCCCUACCCGACGGCGUUCCACCCGGCGAGCGACGAGGACCUCUUCUUCUGGCAGGACCGGGUGCGCGCGCUCAACCGCACCCACCUCUUCUCCUUCGCCGGCGUGGCGCGGCCCGGCGACGCCAAGUCUAUCGAGGGCCGCCUCGUCGACCAGUGCAAGGAGUCGCCGGCCUGCGCGCUCAUGGAGUGCAGCACCACGGGCCCGGACAACAAGUGCGAGUCGCCGGCGAGCGUCAUGAGGCUGUUCCAGAGCUCGACGUUCUGCCUCCUGCCGCGGGCCGGCACCGACACCAGCCGCCCCGCCUUCGACGCCGUGCUCGCCGGCUGCAUCCCGGUGUUCUUCCACCCCGCCUCGGCGUACGUGCAGUACAGCUGGCACCUGCCCAAGAGCCAUACCGACUACUCGGUGUACAUCCCCGAGGAGGACGUGCGCAGCAAGAACGCGAGCGUGGAGGAGAGGCUCCGGAAAAUUCCGCCGGAAGUGGUCGGGAAGAUGAGAGACGCCGUCGUCGGCCUGAUCCCGUCGGUGACCUACAGCGACGCGACGUCGCGGCUCGAGACGACUGUGAAGGACGCGUUCGACAUCGCCGUGGCGGCCGUGAUCAGCAAGGUGACGAAGCUCAGGAGAGGCAUCGUGGACGGUCGACCGGAGGAGGAGAAGAUAGAGAGGUACAGUUGGAAGUACCCGUUGUUGGGAGAAGGGCAGAAGGCUGAGGACCCUCACGAAUGGGAUCCCCUAUUCAAUUAGUUCGUCAUCAUUGCACCAUUUUGCGUGACAUUGUUUGGUGAAGAAUUUAGGGUCGUUUGGAACGCUGAGAAUUUUUUCCCUCCUGGUUUCUAGUGGAAUUGAGCUAUUUCUUCAUGUAAAUUCCUGCAUUCCAAGCAUGCUCUUAUUGUUUUUUUCUCGAACGUCGAAGAGAGUUGUGAUCAUUUGUAGUAUUAGUGAGGAGAAAAAGUUUGUGUUAUUACAAGCAGAUGGUUUGUAGCCUUGUGGGCAUACCAAGA